AUGUUGCAACCAAGUCGAUUCCUCGCCACCUCGUCGCUGUUGUCGCCCGCGGCGUUGGUCCCGUCCACGUGGAAGACGGCCCCGUCUGGGUGGCAUCUCGUUCCCCACUCCACAGUGGAGGCGCAGCAGGAGUUGUGCGUGGCCAAACUCUUCUCCUUUUUGAACCAUGGCGCCCAGUACGCCUUUCUUGGGCAGACCAUGGCGCUUGCCGAGGAGGUUCACUGCAUCCCGCGCCUGGAGUGGUUCUACACGGAGCUGUACUUCACGCUGCCGCCCACCCCUGCCGCGGAGCUGCUGGCGUGUUACAUGAACGACCAGGAACGUCUACGCUGCGGGCUGCGCAACCAGUCCCCUGGGACGAGUGCGUCGGGGAUUCAGUGGAGUGCGGAGCUGCAUCGACGGGUGGAGCAGCGCGCGACGGAGGAUUUCUGUUGGCUCUUGACGGCGGAUCAGCGAAAAACGGAGAAGUUUCUGCAGGAAACGUACGUCCAGUGGCAUCACCGGGCCGACUAUUUAGUCACACGCAAGAGUCGAGAGAAGAAGGAGUUUCGCCAGGACCUGACGCUUCAGCAGGUCAUACAAGAAGGCCAGGAGCGGAAGCGACGCAUGCAACGACGACGAUCGCGGGUGGAGGAGCAACAGAAAGAAAUUGCCUCGGGAAAGGCAACGGAGUGGGAUAAUUUCACCCAUGAUGUGCUCCCAAGGGAACUCCGCGAGGCGCUGGAUCGCGAGAGCGACGGGAUGGAGGACGUGCGUCUUUCUCGGGCGGGGACCGCCACCGGCGGGUGGAGUCGUGGCUACCGCACGCACCCAAACUUUCGUUAG